AUGAGCCACGAACUCACACUCAUCGUCGCGGCGACGCGCAACAUGGGCAUCGGCGCCAAGGGCGGCCUGCCGUGGACGGGAUUGAAGAAGGAGAUGGCGUACUUUGCGCGCGUGACGAAAAGGCUUCCUCCCCAGGCACCCUCAGACGCCCGCAACGCAGUCAUCAUGGGCCGCAAGACGUGGGACAGCAUCCCGCCCCGCUUCAGGCCCCUCAAGGGCCGCCUCAACAUCGUCAUCAGCCGCUCUCAUCCUGCUUCGUUGGACUCUGUGGCCACGGACUUCGACAAGGAUGCGGUCAAGGUAUCCUCGCUAGACCAGGCCCUCGCCUUCCUCCGCUCCGACGCCUUUACUGGUGACGGUGCCGCGGCCGGCGCCAAGCUGGGCAGGGUCUUUGUCAUUGGCGGCGCGCAGAUUUACGGCGCGGCGCUCGAGGUUCCCGAGGCCAAGAGGGUGCUGCUGACGAGGGUGUUGGGGGAGUUUGAAUGUGAUGCGUUUUUUCCGCUGAAGCUCGGCGGCGACGAUGAGAGUGGUGGUAGUGGCGAGGGGCAAUGGGCUCAGGUUGAGAAGAAGGGGCUUGAUGAGUGGGUUGGGGAGGAGGUUGAAGGGGGUGAGAUUGAGGAGAAUGAGACGAGGUAUGAGUUCCAGAUGUGGGAGAAGAAUUGA